AUGUUGGUUGCGGAGACGCCACUCGCAGGGUCUGUGCUGCCCCAGGGCGCCACCCGGCUCGUGUGCAAGUCGGCGUGCAGGCGCAGUCGCAGCAGGCGGCAGCAGACACGCGGUUUCCUGCGCCAGCAGUCCCACUUGUCUGCCUGGGCUCCCGAGAGCUGGCGGCAGCUCAAGGCUCAACAGCAGCCAAACUACCAGGAUGAGAAGAAGCUCAGGGAAGCUGUGGAGACAAUUUCACGGAUGCCUCCGCUCGUCUUUGCGGGCGAGUGCAGGAACCUUCAAGCCAGGCUAGCAAAGUGUGCGACUGGGGAAGCGUUCCUCGUGCAAGGUGGGGAUUGCGCGGAGAGCUUCUCGCAGUUCAGUGCCAACAGGAUCAGGGAUUCUUUCAGGGUACAGCUCCAAAUGGCUGUUGUGGCCAUGUUUGGAGGUGGUGUGCCAGUGGUGAAGGUGGGCCGCAUGGCUGGGCAGUUCGCAAAGCCCAGGUCGGCGGACACAGAGAUCCUCGAUGGCAGGGAACUGCCAUCCUACAGGGGUGACAUCAUCAACGGGCAAGAGUUCACCUUGGAUGCGCGCGUGCCCGACCCGAUGAGGCUGGUGCAGGCCUACAACCAGGCAGCCGCCACGCUCAACCUGCUCCGAGGCUUUGCCACCGGUGGCUACGCUGGGCUGCAGCGAGUGAUGGAGUGGAACCUGGACUUCAUGGGCAAGAGCGACGAGGGGCGUGCAUAUCUAGACGUGGCCAAGAGGGUGGAUGAGGCGAUCCAGUUCAUGGUGGCAUGCGGGCUCGAUUCCCACACCGCCAUCAUGACUGAGACCGAGUACUAUGUGAGCCACGAGUGCCUGCUGCUCGACUACGAGCAGGCUCUCACCCGCGAGGACUCCACCACCGGCCUCUGGUACGACUGCUCGGGGCACAUGCUGUGGUGUGGUGAGCGCACGAGGCAGCUGGACGGCGCACACGUCGAGUUCAUGCGCGGAAUUGCGAACCCCAUCGGUGUCAAGGUGUCGGACAAGAUGGACCCUGGGCAGCUGGUGUCGCUGAUCGCAGCGCUCAACCCACAGAACACCCCCGGCCGCCUGACAGUCAUCAUCCGCAUGGGCGCCGACAAGGUGCGCGCGAACCUGCCGCGGCUGGUGGAGGCGGUGAGGAACAGCGGGCAGGUGGUGACGUGGGUGUGCGACCCCAUGCACGGCAACACCGAGUGCGUUGCCGGCUACAAGACCCGUCGCUACGAACGCAUCCGCGCAGAGGUGGAGGCGUUCUUCGACGUGCACGAGGAGUUGGGCACGGUGCCAGGUGGCAUCCACCUGGAGAUGACAGGCGAUAACGUGACCGAGUGCCUGGGCGGGGGGUCCUCCAUCCUGGAGACCGACCUCAACAGCCGCUACCACACCCACUGCGACCCCCGCCUCAACGCCGAACAGGCCCUCGAAAUGUCCUUCUACGUCGCCUCCCGCCUCGCGCAGAGGAAAGAGAAGAUGGGCCUCGGCUCCAAGCCUACAACCAUCCUGCGCUGAGCAUCUCAGUCAGCACCGGUCUGGAGCAGCAGUGAUGAAUGCUAUCUCAGGACACUUAUUGGGAACGAGCCCCCUUCAGGGUGUUGUUGUAGGUAGUCAGCAGCGCAAGGGACCGUUAUUGCAUAAUGCUACCAUUCUCAAGACACUGUCCUCUGUCUGCUGUCAUCUUGCUGGAGUAGUUGCCUCGGGUUGCGCUUAGCUUCUGUUUUCUCACUGGACACCUUGUUGAGACAAGUGCUUGGCGCAGCAUAGUGUGCCAAAUCUUCAGGAGCAGUGGACGCGCAGGCAGCAAAUUUGCUGAGUGCAGUUUGCUGCUCUCUGGAGGAAGUAUAUAAGGCACUUGACAAGACUAGGCAUAUGCAGACAUCUGCUGUGUGGUGGGGUGACAUCUGCUAGGAUGACGGUGGGUGCUGGCUCUUGACUCAUCAGACAGGUAUUGGAAGAUUGUAAGGAGUCUGUGGCUGUUGGACAAUCUGCACACAUUAUGCCAUUGGUGCAAUGUAUGCAUGACUCUAGAUCUUUGGGUUGGGUGUGUUGUGAUUCAAGCAGCACUGUUUUUGCUGGGAAAACGGGUGAGGCAGGUCUGAUGUAAAGCCAGGGCUGUUGUCA